CUCCUCCCCGAUUGCAGCCGACUAUCGCAUCCGAUCGGCAAAAGCGCCUCGCGUUUAACGUCGAGCGCACGGAACGCGUCCGCGUUUAACGGAUGUGCUCCGACUCCUCCCCCGCCUGCCACCGGCUCCGCUCGCGCCUCAACAGUUGGUUUCUGCCACAGAUUAAACGAGCAACUUUCCGUUUGCUUCCCCUCCGCCGCGGUCGACCUUUAAAAUGAAAUCCGGCGCCGCGAGGACGCGACCCUCUCAACUUUUCGCCAACUUUCCGCGAGUUUGAACUUUGGAUGACAAACAGAUCGAGGAAGCCGAGAGGGACGCGCUAUGGCAGUGUGUGGCAGACGGGGUCGGCCCAAGUUCGUGCUGUACGUCCUCGGGGCGUUUGUGGUGGGAUAUUUAGUGUUUCAUAGGAACGCGCGCGGCGACGUCGGGCCGGCGAGCCGAAGGGAAGCCCCCGCGGAGGAGCGCGGAAACGUGGACGAGGAGUUUCUCAAGAAGCCCGUUUACGACAAGCCUCCUCUAGACGUGAAUGCGUUGGGGGAGAUGGGUAGAGCCGUUAAACUGGACCUGACCGAGGAAGAGAAGCGAGAGGAGGAGGAGAGCGUGAAAAAACACCAGAUAAACACUUAUGUGAGUGAUAGGAUAUCAUUGCAUCGCAGGCUGCCUGAAAGAUGGAAUCCACUAUGUAGAAACCUGAAAUAUGACUACCUGAGCCUGCCGUCGACAUCGGUAGUGAUAGCCUUUUACAAUGAGGCCUGGUCCACACUACUGAGGACAGUGCACAGUGUCCUGGAGACCUCGCCUGACCUGCUGCUGACCGAAAUCAUACUGGUGGACGACUACAGUGACCGAGAUCAUUUAAAGGAGCCUCUAGAGAACUACAUCGCCAGUCUCAGAAAGGUGCGUCUGAUCCGUGCAAGGAAGAGAGAGGGUUUGGUGCGAGCGCGGCUCCUGGGGGCCUCCAUCGCCACAGGUGAAGUGCUGACCUUCCUCGAUUGCCACUGUGAGAGUCACGAAGGCUGGCUGGAGCCUUUGCUCCAGAGAAUAAAGGACGAGCCUUCGGCUGUGGUGUGUCCGGUGAUCGAUGUUAUCGACUGGAACACCUUCCAGUACCUGGGCAACCCUGGAGAACCUCAGAUCGGAGGGUUCGAUUGGCGAUUGGUGUUCACGUGGCACACGGUCCCAGAACAUGAGCAGAAACGCAGAAGUUCUGCCACCGAUGUCAUCAGGUCUCCUACAAUGGCUGGGGGUUUGUUCGCAGUCAAUAAGAAGUACUUCCAUUAUCUGGGCACAUAUGACACGGGGAUGGAGGUGUGGGGUGGAGAGAACCUGGAGUUCUCUUUCAGAAUCUGGCAGUGUGGAGGGAGUCUGGAAAUCCAUCCUUGUUCUCACGUGGGUCACGUCUUCCCGAAGAAAGCGCCAUACUCAAGAAACAAGGCCUUGGCCAACAGCGUGCGGGCGGCAGAAGUCUGGAUGGACGAAUACAAAGAAGUGUAUUACCAUCGCAGCCCUCAUGCUCGUCUGGAGGCAUAUGGUGACGUGACGGACAGACGAAAACUCAGAAUGCGUCUCGACUGUAAGGAUUUUAAGUGGUUCUUGGAGAAUAUCUACCCUGACAUUCAAGUCCCGGAGGACAGGCCUGGAAUGUUUGGCAUGCUAAAGAACAAAGGAAUGGCCAACUACUGCUUUGACUACAACCCACCUGAUGAUCAUAAUAUGGCCGGUCACCGGGUCAUUCUUUACCCCUGUCACGGCAUGGGACAAAACCAGUUCUUUGAGUACUCCACACUCCAAGAGAUCCGUUAUAACACGAGGGAGCCCGCAGGCUGCGUCGUGGCUGAUCCUGUCUCCACUUUCCUUACCAUGCAUCACUGCAGUAAACCCAGAGAAGCUGUGCCUGAAGACCAGAAGUUUCUGUUCAGAGAGGACGGCUCUCUCUACCACGUUCAGACACGGAAGUGCGUUGAGGCGGUAGCCCGGACCGACACGGGGAACCCUGGCCCCGCUCUCCAGCCCUGCUCUGACUCAGCCUCCCAGAAGUGGUUGUUUGAAGAGAGAACAUAGCGGAGGUUCUCUCGACACCCUUCACCUGCACUACAGUUCAAAGGGCAUUUCAUAUUAGCCGCUCUGAUUUCACACCAGCUUACUGAGCAUUCCGGUUCCUUUAGGAUUAAGGAUUGAUAGUGCCUUCCUGUUACACGACAUACACAGUACAGAUACAUUCAAGGAAAUUAUACUAUAUUUUAGUGAUAAAACAUCUUAGAUUUGAACAUUUUUGGAUAGUUUAUUAAAAAUUCUCAUUCAUAAUAGAGUCGUUUAUUUUGUAAUCCUAAAACGCUGAGUAGAAUUACCAUUUUCGUGCAAUGAGAUUUGGAUUUUUGAGAUUUUUGUACGUGUGAGUCCGCCGUUCAAUAGUCAGUAAGAUUUUAUUAUUAAACAAGACACUUUUUACCGAGCAAGGGUGCAUUAAAUUGAUCAUAAGUGACAGUUAAGACGUUUGUAAUGUUACGCAAGAUUACCAUUUCAAAUAGAUUCCGUUCUUUUGAAUGCCGAACCUCAUUCAUCGCAUUUAGAAUAUUAGACUGGAUAUUGAAUAUUCAGCUUUUCCAAAUUGCAUUCUAAAACACUGAAACGGAACGCGGUUAUUUCAAAUUGUGAUAUUUCACAAUAUUACCGUUUUAUGCGGUGAGCGUAAAAAGACUUACAAAAAUGUCUCGCCCGCUCCGAGUGCUUAAACGCUAGUUUAUGUUGUGUAGUGAAAUGUGAAAGUCUCCAGACCGCAGACCUUGUUUUAAUCGUGAAUCCAAAACUGGCAGUUCCUGAGGGAAGCCGUGGUGAGUUUAGUCUUCCUGGUUGGCCCGCGCAUACACGUCAUUGCUGAACACCUCAGUUUCCCUGCGAGAUAUAAACACCGUAUUUAAGCGCUCAUCAUAACCUCUGGGUCUCUCUGUCGCAAUCUACAAUCAUUACCAUUUUACAAGAUGGUAAUUUGAGUUAUUUUAGUCGGUCGGUGCUGCCAGCUCCAUCUGCUGGUGUCUCAUCCUCCCCUGCUAUUCUGCAAAGCAGCUUCUAUUUCUUCAAAUUCUCGACGUAUAUUUAACGACCAGCAGGUUUUAAAAAGUCCUCUGUAUUGUGGUACCUGAUGCAAGUCAGGCAGACUGGCUCUGUGUGUGUGUGUGUGUGUGUGUGUGUGUGUGUGUGUGUGUGUGUUUUCGGCUGAGUGUUGAGGUUAGGCUCAGAUAAGCAGCAGGGCUGGCGAUGGCGCUCCUGCAGUUCUCCUUCCAACCACUAGAUGGUGCCAAAUUCUCCGUUUUAUUCCACCUCCCUCGCUUUGUGCUCCUCGUUAUAAUAUCAGCUCUUAUUAAGCGUGUGUAAAUUCAGUAGCCCGCUAUGCAGGUGCUGGGCUACUCUUUUAAUACAGUUAUAAAAUGUGCAGUGAUCAUCACUUGCGUUUGAAAGCGCAUGGCAGCCUACCUCUAGUCAGUUACCUGCUGUAGAGAAUAGAUUGUGGGAUGAAACAGAGCUGGAUGUCACAGCAAAUACUAGGUUGUAGCGGCCAAAUUACUGUGAUUUGCUUCAUAUUUUACUAAAGUUGUCGAGGAAUAGGGUUCGUUAAUUUGCAAUACGUGGAUAAAAACCUCUUUGAAUUCUGAUUAUCUGUGGGGUGCGUUUCCUAUGCUGAAUAUAUUAUAAUGGAUUUAUUUGAUUAACUUAGCCUUCUCGGUUAUUUAUUACUACAGGAAUUGCUGGUGUCCUUUAAAAUUUAUGAAAUGUUGAAAAACAAGAUGUAGAUUUUUACUUUUUCCGUCAUCGUUUACUCACCCUCAUGUUGUUCCAAGACUGUAGGACUUUCUUCUGUGAAGCACAAAAAAGACUAUUUGAAGAACGCUUAUGCUUAUAUUUUCCAAAAAGGCACUUAAAAAAAUAUAAAAGCAGUCCAUAAAAGCCAAUGAGCUAUAUUCUAUGUAGAAAUGUGUUUUUAUAAGUCGAUAUCAAAACCAACCAAUUCACUUUCAUUCUGUUCAAUUCUGUGUUUUUGUGUCUCGCAAAGAGCAAUGUUUUAAAAGGUGAGUAAAUGAGGAGUUUUUAAUGUGCCUUACACAGUGUUCAAAGAAAAAAAAAAAAAUUCUCUAAAAUAUAGGUGAAAGGGACAUUUUCUUGUAUGGUUUAUGGAACAUAUUUUUUGCAUUAAUAUAUAAAAUGAUGGGCCAAUUGAAUAUAGUCAUGGGGGAUAUUGGUUUACUUAUGAGAGCAUGUUGAGCUCAAUACUAGACACAUGUGUCCAGGGCCUCCAUAGAUAAGAAGAGGAUUGAGAGAUUGAUUACGUGAUGAUAAAAUAUGACAACCCAUUAUGUUUCCUAUGGUAGGGCUUUUCCUGUCUGGCAAAGCCACAGAAGUGACAGUGGGUUUUCUUGAAGAGGUCAAAAAAAGAGGAUAUUCUGUAUGGAUGGCCAUAAGUUCUACAUAGACAAGUGUGACUAUACGGUCAUUCUAUCCUGGAAAAUAUAAAACACACAAAAAUGAUACAUUCUCUAUAUAAAUGUGGUUCAAGUUUGUAAAUCAAAAAAUGAAUGGCCAAAAUGUUGUUGGUUUGGAUACAGCAGCAGUCAACAUGCACUUUUCUGGGAAUAAUGAAUGGAUUUAUUAAUUUAUUUUAUUUUACGUUUAAUCUUGCUGAUGGUAGAAUGUUGAAACGAUGUUUUGAAAUGGUAUCGAAGCUGGAAGAAAAUUCAGGUAACUUUAUACUUAUGUAAGUGACCUUAACAUCAGAAAUGAAGUUAUUCUUUUUCUGCAUUAAUUAUGGUUAAUGUCGUCUAAUAUCCAACUUUAAAGAUGCACUCAGUGUUUUUUCGUUAUGCUACAGAAUAAUAAUAAUAAUACUGCUGAUAGGAUUGCAGGCUUCAUCUCAUGUCAGCACGCUUUGCUUUUUCAUAUCAUUGAGCUAAAAAACAAAAAUGUAUUGAGUGCACCUUUUUUAAAUUGUAAUGAUUUUUUUUUCUAGAUCUAAAAAGUUCCUUUAACUUAUAACUGAUUUCAUGUUUGACUUUUUACACAUUAAAGCCAUUGAAUAACA